GAUUGAGAGUCGUUGUCCGCAUCAUGGCAUGUUGGAUACUCGAUCUGUGUUGUCCAUGUGCGGUACGUAACCAAAUGCUUCUAUUCAUCAACCUUGUGACUCGUUCCUCCCUGACAUCCCUAUCAUGGGGCGUAUCAUCUACUCACAAAGAACUCCAGAAGACAUGCAUAUUUUUGGCGAACAGCUUAUCUGAAGAGCUGCUUCUCUCGAUCGUACAUAUAUCGCAACCUCGAUGUAUUAACUUUGCUAUUUCUUCUUCCUAGUCAUGAGAAUGUCCUUCAAGGAGAAAAUCAAAGGCAUAGGUGGUAAUGCUUCAUACGAAGCAAAGGCUCGCGCCUUACGAGCACAGCUUGAAGCCAAGAUUCCAGCCGGUCUCAAGCUCCCCUCAGCAAUUCUCGAGGACCCACCUCUUGAUGUCACUCGCAUUCCUGAGAUAUGUGGCUUGCUCACUGUCCAAGAGUUGGCUAUCACUGAACUAGAUGCGACCGCUGUGUGCCAAAAGAUUGCUGUAGGCGAGCUGACAGCAGUCGAAGCUGUCACUGCCUUUGGAAAGCGCGCAGCUAUCGCUCAUCAGCUCACAGCUUGUCUUACAGACUUCUUCCUCGACGAAGGCAUUAGACAGGCGCAGCAGCUGGACGAGUACUUCCAAAAAGAAGGCAAGGUCAUUGGGCCACUUCAUGGAUUACCAAUUUCAAUCAAAAGCCAUUACCCACUCAAGGGGACAGUCGGGUGUGGAGGCUUUCUUGUGAAUACAGAAACUUCGACAGAAGACUGCGAUAUGAUAAGCAUUCUGCGUUCAUUGGGUGCAGUAUUCUAUGUCAAGACGAAUCAGCCACAGUCUGUGAUGCACCUCGAGUCCAAGUCUUCCUGCGGUCGAGUGUUGAACCCCCACAAUACGAACCUUACUGCAGGAGGAUCUUCUGGUGGUGAAUCAGCCCUUAUCGCCAUGAAGGGCUCUUGCAUAGGUCUUGGCACUGAUAUCGGGGGAUCCAUUCGAUGUCCGUCCGCUCAUUGUGGUAUAUACGGAAUCCGUCCGUCCUCUCGGACAACACCCAUCCGUGGACUUCUGUGGUAUCAACAUGGCCAGGACGGAGUUUUUGCUUCCUCAGGCCCGAUGUGUCGCUCAGGACGAGACAUGCGACUUUUCCUUGAAGCUGUCCUUGGGGCCAAUCCUUCACUUCGGGACCCAGAUGUUCUACCUAUCCCACUGAAAGUGCCAGAUCUGACCCAGAAGAAACUGCGUGUGGGAAUCAUGAUGCACGACGGGGUCGUGAUGCCUCAUCCUCCAACUAUCCGAGCACUGAAUUUGGUGAAAGAAAAGCUUGAGGCAUCGUCAGAGGUUGAGGUGGUAGACUACAUUCCGUACGACCACGACCGUGGAUACAACAUAAUUCGCGAGCUCUACUAUGAGGAUGGAGGAGCUACAGUCCGACGUAUUCUAGAGGAGAGCGGAGAAGACAUGCAUCCGUUGACAGAAUGGGUAAUCAGUCCGCCACACGUGAAGAACCAUGAUGCCGCGCAAAUUUGGAAGCUCCGUGAUCAACGUGAUGACUACCGACGGGAGUACUCUGAUCACUGGUGGUCCCAAAAUGUUGAUGUCGUCGUAUGCCCACCCUUCCAAGGUACAGCUAGCCGCCACGAUACUGCAAAAUAUUGGGGCUACACGGCAAUUUGGAAUUUGCUAGAUUACCCAGGGGCAAUUUUCCCGACAGGUCUCGUCGCUGACCAAGCCGUUGACAUAUACCAGGAGUUACCUAUCCCGAUGAGUGCAGCGGAUGAGUACAACAUCUCCUUGUAUGAUGCAGCGAUAUUCAAAGGAGCUCCAGUGUCGCUACAGACCGUGAGCCGAAGAUUCAAUGACGGAUUGGUGCUGGCGGCACAGGAUGUAAUUGAACGCAUCAUCCAGUCUUAAGAGGUGUCGUCUUUAUUACACUGGAAACAUCAUACAAGUCUUCGAAUCCUGUAUGUAUUUGUAUCAUUACGACGCUAAAGGUUGUCCGAGUCAGGAUUGUCUAUGUCGAACACGUCUUAUUGGUGUCGCUCAGUAUCUCUUGCAGUGAUUGUACCCAGAACGCACUUGUAUAG